CAAUGAAGAGAAUCACAUUCAACAUACUAUAAAUCAGGCAAAUUAAGUUGUUUAUUCACUAGACUCCAUGUGAUCCUGUUGUUCCGAAAUACCUUGCUCCUAUAUCAGAACUGUUGUUAUAAUGUCCCCUCUAACUCAGCAGAAGAGGUACUUGUGUUUAGUGUAUGUUUUCUUCUUCGCCUGUUUUGUCAUAGUGUUAUUUCUAGGUAACUUCAACUCAACUUUAACGUUAAAAAUGUUUGACCCGGCAACAAAAACGACUGAAUGGUCAUUUAAUCCAUUCUUAGUAACCUCAAUGCCGAGGUUCUGGGAUUCGUGGAAAUCCGAAAAUAAAUCUGAUAAUUUUGGAGUUACCUACCCUUCAGCCUUGAACUCAACAUGCAGUGUUUAUAAAUUAUUAGCAUCAGUUGAGAAAAGUAUGAUGUCUAUAAAUAGCAAGUUGAUUUGCGAUGAAUUCGCGGAAAAAUCUGAUAUUUUGUGUCGAAUGUUUUUAGAACGGAUCCAUUUUAGUCAUUUGGAAACUAGCGCAUGCGCGUUGGCUAACAGCACAAAAGUUCCUAAAAUAGUUUAUUUUGUGACGUAUGGACACUACACAUUUCAUUUAUGGAAUUACGUGGCUUUUGUUGCCGCACAACGACAUAUUGUUCCAAGGGCGAUCUACGUCAUCGGCGAUCAACAUCCGGUUGGGGAAUUCUGGGAGUUGAUAGUGCGGGAUGUCCCUAACGUCAGGUUUGUGUACAGGGAGGCCCCGCUAGAGAUAUCAGGUUCUAGAAUCAAAAUAAAACAGCACCACUCGGACAUUGUCCGGCUCCAGACCAUCUACAUGAACGGUGGGAUUUAUCUGGACACGGACAUGGUGGUUUUAAGGAGCUUAGAUGACCUGCUUGAUAACGACCUAACGAUGGGAAUGCUAGACAACGCUACUGGACUGGGAAACGCUUUUAUAUUGGCCAAAAGACAUCACCCUUUUAUCAAGGAGUGGUACGAACAUUAUAGGAACUUCAAGAACAAAGAUUGGGGGUACAACUCGAUGAAGGUCUCACAAAACAUGUACUUCAACAACACGAAUCGUCUGGUAAACGUGAGGAAACAGCUGUACCAGCCCAACUGGUACGAGAUAGAGAAGUUGGUCAACGCCAGCCACCCGUACAACUGGAGCCAGAACUACGCCAUGCACAUGUGGGUCAACAGCGGGAGAAUUCCCAAAGAAACGUUGGCCAUUCAGGCAGAUAAUUCGACUGUUGGCCAGAUUUUUAGAUACAUUCUCUAUGGGGAUCCGAAAAUUAGAGGGAACGUGUGA